GGGCUGUGCCCCGCUCCGCCAUGGGCCCCCCGCUCCUCCUCGCCUGCCUGCUCGCCCCGCUCUGUGCUCGGGGUGCCGGCCCGGCCCAGCCAGGCGCCGCAGCCCCCCAGGCCUGGCGGCAGCACGAGGCUCCUCGGCGGGUGAAGAGGGCCUGGGUGAUCCCCCCCAUCAGCGUCUCGGAGAACCACAAGCGCAUCCCCCACCUCCUGGUGCAGAUCAAGUCGGACAAGCAGCAGCCCGGAGGGGUGAUCUACAGCAUCAAAGGGCCGGGCGUGGAUGAGGAGCCCCUGGGCAUUUUCUCCAUCGACAAGUUCAGCGGGAAGGUUUUCCUCAACGCCAUGCUGGACCGCGAGGACAACGACCGCUACCGGCUGAGAGCCUUCGCGCUGGACCUGGGCGGUGCCACCCUGGAGGACCCCACGGACCUGGAGAUCAUCGUGGUGGACCAGAACGACAACCGGCCGCUCUUCGGGCGGGACGUCUUCACCGGGAGCGUGGUGGAGGGCGCCGAGCCAGGGACCUGCGUGAUGACCGUGGAGGCCACCGACGCCGACGACCCCGACACGGACAACGCGGCGCUGCGCUAUUCCAUCCUGGAGCAGGGUGCGGCCGGAAUGUUCAGCAUCAACGCCACCACCGGCGAGAUCUGCACCGCACGGCCCGGCCUGGACCGGGAGACCAUGGGCGUGUACAACCUGACGGUGCAGGCGGCCGACAUGUCCGGGGACGGGCUGACCACCACGGCCAUGGCCGUCAUCUACCUGGAGGACAUCAACGACAACGCUCCCGAGUUCACCAAGGAGGAGUUCUCUAUGGAGGUGGAGGAGCAGGCGGCCGGCGUGGACGUGGGCAGGGUUUUUGUGCACGACAAGGACCUGGCGGGCUCGCCCAGCUGGUUGGCCAAAUUCACCGUCCUGGAGGGCGACCCCGAGGGCGCCUUCGCCAUCCGGACCGACCCGCACACCAACGACGGCGUGCUCUCCGUGGUCAAGCCGCUGGACCACGAGGUGCGGGACCGCUUCGAGCUGACGGUGUCGGUGCAGAACGAGCGGCCGCUGGAGCCCUCGGCCCCCGCCAGCCCCCGGGCUCUGGCCACGGUGCGGGUGCGGGUGCGGGACGUCAACGAGGCGCCCGUGUUCCGAGAGAACCCGCGGCGGAUCAGCGUCCUGGAGGGGACACCCCCGGGCACCCCCAUCACCACCUACACCGCCAGCGACCCCGACACGCACCAGAUCCAGACCCUCACCUACGCGCUGCUCUACGACCCCGCGGACUGGCUGCGCCUGGACCCUCACGCCGGCACCGUCCGCACCAAGCGGGAGCUGCUGCACCCGUCCGCCUUCCUGCAGGGCGGCUGGUACAUCGCCCUGGUGCUCGCCCGCGACGAUGCCGAACCCCCGCUCUCGGCCACCGGCACGCUGUCCAUCGAGAUCCUGGAGGUGAACGACCACGCUCCGCAGCUGCAGCCGCCGGCCGGGGUGCUCUGCGGGCGGCCGGGACGCGGCGGGACCCUGCUCCUGGGGGCCACCGACGACGAUCGACCCCCCCACGGAGCCCCCUUCCACUUCCAGCUCAGCCCCCAGCACCCCCAGCUCGCCCGCAACUGGAGCCUGGCCCGCUUCAAUGUGACCCACGCCGUGCUGGCCGUGCUGGCGGAGCUGCCCGAGGGGCUCUACUCGCUCCCGCUGCUGCUCCGGGACUCGGGGACCCCCCCGCGGGAGCAGCAGCAGCUGCUGAACGUCUCGGUGUGUCACUGCGGCCGGGACGGCGCCUGCCUGGACGGGGCCCUGGCCGCGGCCACCGCCGGGGCCGGCAUCACCCUCGGGGCGCUCACGAUCAUCCUGGGCAGCACCAUCCUCCUCCUCGUGCUGGCCGGGCUGGGCGCUGCGCGGGUGCGCGGGCGCCGCCGGGCUCUGCGCAAGGGGCUCCUGCAGCGCUCUCGGGACGACAUGCGCGACAACAUCCUCAACUACGACGAGCAGGGCGGGGGCGAGGAGGACCAGGACGCCUACGACAUCAACCAGCUCCGGCACCCCGAUCUCUUCUCGCCCCGGGCCAAGCCCCCCCAGCGCAGGGACGCCCCGCUCAGCUCCGGGACCCCCCUGGCCCCCCGCAAGCUGCCCAGCAGCCCCUCCGACAUCGAGGACUUCAUCAAUGAGGGGCUGGAGGCGGCUGACAGCGACCCCAGCGUGCCCCCCUACGACACCGCCCUCAUCUACGACUACGAGGGCUCGGGCUCGGUGGCCAGCCCCCUCAGCUCCAUCGUGUCCAGCCUGACGGACGAGGACCAGGACUACGACUACCUGAGCGAGUGGGGGCCCCGCUUCCGCCGCCUGGCAGAUCUGUACGGGCACUAACGGGGACGGGGGACAGGGGACAGGGGACAGCCACUGCCCGCGGAGGGACUGCGGCACGGACGGGGCGGGGACAGCUCACACGCACACACGGACACACACAGACAGACACACGGACACACACAGACAGACACACAGACACACACACAGACACACACGAACACUCUCACACACGCAGAGGAGAUGCCCAGAGGCAGCAGCUUCAGGCACGGGAUGCCCGGCUGGAGCGGCUUUGCACACGCGUGUGCAACGCGAGGCCUCCGUGCAGGGGGUGCACACUCAGAGCAAACCUGGGGGGGGGGACGCUCGGGUGAGCCCCACACAGCUGGGGAGGGGGCGAGGAGACCCCCGGUCACCCCCGUAAUAAAGAGCGGGGGUUGGUGGCGGGGAUGCGCCACCCCCCCGCACCAGCGGCCCGUAGAAACAAGGCACUUUUAUUGGGAGCCGGCAGCACCCCGGGGGGCUUCACCCCCACCCCAGGGCUCCCAGCUCCGCUGCUC